AUGUAGUCCCCGUAGUCCCUUUCCCUAUGCCCUCCGCGCUACUCCGCUCAGUCCCGCGUAGUCUCUGCUCCCCUGAACCUUUACACAUGUCUUGGUUUAUUUGAAGACCAGGAAGUUGAUAAAUCCUGAGGCCGGCUGCGGAAAGACGGUGGCUCAGUUGGGACAGUCGCCAGGGAUGGCGGAGCGUGAGGAUGGAACGGGUGUCCGGGCUGCUCUCCUGGACGCUAAGCAGGGUCCUGUGGCUCUCAGGUCUCCCUGAGCAGGGCGCUGCUCGGCAGCCCCGGAUCAUGGAAGAGAAAGCGCUAGAGGUUUAUGAUUUGAUAAGAACUAUCCGGGACCCAGAAAAGCCCAAUACUUUAGAAGAACUGGAAGUGGUGACAGAGAGUUGUGUGGAGGUUCAGGAGAUAAAUGAAGAAGACUGUCUGGUUGUCAUCAGGUUCACACCAACAGUACCUCAUUGUUCUUUGGCAACUCUUAUAGGGCUGUGUUUAAGAGUAAAACUUCAGCGGUGUUUGCCAUUCAAACACAAGUUGGAAAUAUACAUUUCUGAAGGAACCCACUCAACAGAAGAUGACAUCAACAAACAGAUAAAUGACAAAGAGCGAGUGGCAGCUGCAAUGGAGAACCCCAAUCUACGGGAAAUCGUGGAACAGUGUGUCCUUGAGCCUGACUAAUAGCCGUCUUAAGAGCCAUUGAACUACAGUCAUUUGAUAUAUUUGUUUAAGCUCUUUGCAAAAUGUAAAAAAACUCAUGUUUAAUAUGUAGGCAAUUUGUACCUCAAUAUUUUUUAAAAGAAUCUUUCUGAGCAAGUUUCAGUUCUAAGGUGGAAGCUAAUUGUUCAGUGAAUAACAUUCUCAGGAUUUCUAAUACAAGUGAUCAGACAGACAAAUAUUUUCUAGUUAUUCUGUGUAAGAUGGGUUACUAUUUUUCUGAUGCCCAUUCUGAUACAACUGCUUUUCAUGUCAAAUAUCUACUGUGCCCAAAUGUAUUCAACUUAAAUUGUUAUUCUAAAAUAAAUGCGACAGAUGAUUCUUAUAAUGA